GCAUCCACAUCUGAAAGGAGAUUGGCUGUGGAUGCAAAGGACAGCACUGCAUUUAUGUGUGUAUGUCUUAUAUGUAUACGGCAAACCUUGAGAACGUUCCAGCCAAUAGAUGAGCUGAAGAAGGGGCCGUUCUUAUUGGAGGCCAGUGUGGUAGAGUACAGGACUGUGGAAGAGGGGGUAGAGGUGGAUAUUAAACUGGCUGCGGCUGACAGAGCUAACCAGCCUGUGUGGGAAGGCCUUUUGACACUGCUCUCCAGAGACAUGAAGCGAAUAACAAGCAAGCAGCCUCCUGCUCGGGGGGUUUUGGAGGUGGAGGAGGUGAAGGCGGAGGAGAGGGCGGUGGUGAUAUCUGUCCCCUGGUGGGGUGGGCUGAGGUGUGCCUGGGCCUCUGGUGAUUACUCUCCACACCACCUCUUUACACUCACCGCCAAACUGCUGGGCCACAAACAGCCCAUCGCCCCCAGCCUAUGGCAGCUGUCCAAAUGCCUGGCAGAGAUUGAGAAGCACAAAGGAGUUGACGCUGUCAGAGCUCCUGUCUCCGUGCACGUCUGGUUCAGGGGGCCAUUGUUCGUGCCUGGGAAGGCCAUCAUCAAGUUCUGGGAAACUGCCCCAGAGGCCACCAGUUGCUCUCACAGACUCUACAGCUUUCAAAUGGAAGAGCAGGGUGUCAAGAUGCCAUGCAUUGUGGGAGAAAUCUGUGAGUGUGAGCAGUAGCUCUCCUCGUAGGGCUUUCUGUUGAGCUCAUCAUUCACUUUGAGUUCAGCUCGUGUGUGGUAAACUAUGCACCUAGUGUCAAAUUUGUUGGGGGGAAGGGGGGUGUUAGUUUCACACUUGUUUCUAAACAUGCUUGUUUUUGUGAUUUGCAUAAUUGAGCCGUCUUUUCAAGAAACACAAUUUCUGAAAGAGUCUCUGUUUCCUGACAGACAUCCCUCAGUCUCAUUGUGCUCACUCCUGCCCCAGGGAAAACCAACUUUUUGUGCAUCAUUGUGUUAACCAGAGAAGAAUGGGAUUCUUAUUUAAAUGAAUUAUGUGCAUCAAAACAAUGUCAUUCAUUUAAAUAUGAAUGCCAUUCCUAUAAGAGAACAGGUGUUUGAUUUAGUUGGUCAGCUGAUGGCUAAACUACACUUACCAGUAGUAGAAUGAGCCACCUACCCCAAUAAAGACAGCAGAGUCACCGCUCACCAUUUGGGCUGACCAGUGCCACAUACCCAUCUGGAUGUGCAUAACAUGCCCGAUUGGAAAUAGAUGGCACAAUGUACCCAAAUGGGUUGCUCAAAGUAGCUGGAUGGGCUCUGUUUUGAGAAGACAUUGAUUGGUUUGGCACUCCAUAUGUUACUCCCCAUGCAUUUCAAGCUUUCCAUUGCCCCCCCUGGUGGUGGAUUGAAACACCUAUAACUGUCAGAACAGCAGAAUUGCUCACCACCUUCAGCCGCUGAACACACACCUGUUCAGACUAAGGCUUCCUUCCCAUAGCUUGGCACUGUCUUAUGCCUAGCGAACGGAAACUAAUCAUUCCAGCCUCCAGGAAUUCUGAUUUCAGUCACUGAGAGUAGAGUGCAAUAGUGUGGUGCAAAUUAACAUUGUUUUUUAGUUCAUUUUUGACAUUCACUGUACUAGUAUAUUGUAGAAAAUUACAAGUAUGUUGUCUGUAAGGAUGAUUGAUAGGUGCUUUUUAAUGUUUGCUUUUGUUUUAGAUCUGUUUUUAGCUUGAUGCUAGUUUACUGUUAUUCAAGCUGUUCUGGGCCUAUGAUGUUUUUAUUAUAUGUAUUUAUGCCAUAUCAUGUUAACCCUUUCAGUCCCAGAUAAGAAUAUCUGUAAAAUAAAUACAGGAGUGUUCUAUCUGAGGUCACGGUACACCUGCACCAGUUUUUAAAGGAAGGUGGAGGUGAGGAUAGGGAUGAGAUAAGAGUUUGUAGGCAGACAGAAAACCUGGAUGAUUUAGAUGGGUCAGGGUUCAAGAAAAGGGUUGCAAUAUUUCCCGCCUAGAACUGCCUGUCUAGGCAGAAGCACAACAGAGUGUGGAGUAGUGUUUAAGUGAUUAUGUUAGUUACAGGCACUAUACCAAAUGAAAGGUUAUGAUAUAACUACUUUUCCUUGAUUGCCAACUAAAUACUGGUGUUGGAAAAAAAAAAACACCAAAGCAAUGAUGCAGUGAAUCAAAUGUACAAUGCAAAGGAAAGGGAAAGAGCAUGUCUGAAUGUCCAGGGCAGGGUUUCUCGGCAGUCACGACAAUACUAUGCCAUUUUCAUUGACCUGCCAUCUAAAGGGAUUGCCAUUCAUUGUGCUCAAGGUGCUCUAACAAAGUCAUACUGGUGCAUCUGCCGAAGCUCUUAAUGGGAAGGUUGAUGAAGACUGUGUAUGUUGCAUUAUAAACAGUUUUGUACAUCUGCUAAAUUAUACUGUAACUGCAUAGGAUCCUAUGUGUAUUUAUUUUAUCAUCUGUUUUUGUUUAGCACCAUUUGGUUCCCAAAAUCUUACCACAGAUGCCUUUCAUGGACGCCAGCAGUUUAUUUCUCACAUUAUAAACACUGGAUACAUCAGAAUAUUGGCACAAUAUAUUAUGUGCACCAAAUUUGCCAUGCCUGUGGUGCUUUCAGCCCAGCUAUGGUACAACAUUUCCAGCAGUGCAGCAGAAAGGGAUGGGAUGUGUUCUGACAGCACACCCUCACAUUUGUACAGACGUGGUGGAUUACACCCUAAUUGCCCAUAGGUGACACAUUAACACAUUAUAAAAGAAAACACUGAGGUAGAAUGUAGAUGAGGAUCCAUUAGAUUGUGCUGAAACAAAUCAACAGUCGAACUGCCCCAUACCAUUCACCUCCUAUUGUGCAUUUGGAAAGACUUUUCUGUUCUCAGAUGCAUCGGUUUUUGAGGUCUUGUCGUUACCAUGGCUACCUCUUCGGUCCAGUUUAUUUAUAGCACAGCGUAGUAUUCAUUUCCAGCAUGCAUCUUCCCUAGACCUCAGAAGGGCUAGAAAUGAAAGGGAAAUACACUAGAAAGAUAGGUACUUUACAAAUGCCUUUUUUUUCCUUUUGACACACAUCAUGUACUGUAGCUGCUGGAGUGUUUUGAUACUGACAGUGCUAUUUUCGUAUAAUGAAAGCCAGCGUCAUGUAUGUAAUAAUAUGAGAAUGCUUUUGAUUUCUUUAUUAAAUCGCAGCUAUUAAAUCCAAAAUAAUUGAUUUAUUCAUCCCACAUACUGGCACAUGUUAUCAGAUUUCUGAUACUGAUCACAUGUGAUGCUUGGAUUUAUGUGGCAAUCAUUGACCGGGGAAAAGGAUAAACAAGAAUGCAAG